GUCACACACAUGGAGGGGAGAUGCGAUGCAGUGAGAGGUGUGUGCAAAUACGAUCGUAUUUCUCCAAAUGAUUCGUUUUAGAUCAGUCAACCUUCAACUACUCUUCGUCAGUCGUUUCUUAUAGCAACAGUAGUGUGUCCUGCAAUUUGAAAAGCGAUACUAUCCGGCAUUCAUAAUUCCUGUUAGCUAACGUUAGUUCAGCUAGCCAAGUCAACUGUAGGUUUGAACCCCACUUCAAUUGCGGAAACUUGUUUGUUAAAACAUCUCUGUCACUGACACGAUGCUGAGGAAUCUUGUGAGGUUUCACAAUUGUCUGGGGCAUGCUUUCUCUCCCCCCACUGUCUGCCCAAGAGGUCAAAUGUUUAAGCUGCUCCCUCUGCUCUCUGUGAACUCAAAAUCCUACUCCAUUAUCACAGAAAGAAAGAAAUUCUAUGAGGAUGUUAGCAUAUCCCAUGGAGAGGGUGGCAUGUUUGAGAUCAACCUGGACCGGCGGAAACUGAAAACACCAGGAGGAAAGCUGUUCACAGCCCCCAACGAAGCCUUAGCCAUUGCCGUGGCGAAUGAAUGGGAUACUCAGAAAGACAUGCUCAAGUUCUACAGCAUGCAUAUGACCACUCUCUGCAACACCGCCCUAGAUAACCCUACGUUCCGCAGCAAGGACCAAAUGAUCACUGCUGCCCUCAAGUAUCUGGAGACUGACACUCUCUGUUACAGAGUUGAGGAGCCUCCAUCACUAGUUGAGCUUCAGAAUAAUGAAUGGGACCCUGUGUUGAACUGGAUUGAAGACAGGUACAACGUAGUCAUUGGCUCCUCCACCAGUAUACUGGGGCCAGAGAUCCCACAGGCGACGAUGGAUACUUUCCGCCAGCACCUGGGUUCCUAUAACUUCUGGUCCCUGACAGGUCUGGAGUAUGUGAUCACCCAGCUGAGGUCAGUGGUGCUUGCCUUUGCUUUAAUAGACAAACACAUUACAGUGGAGCAGGCCGUGCUGCUGUCACGACUAGAGGAGGAGUUCCAGAUCGGGCAUUGGGGAAAUGUAGAGUGGGCUCAUGAUGUUGACCUAUAUGAUCUGAGGUCACGUACAGCAGCAGGGGCUCUGUUUGUACAUUUUUCUUCUGAAAGUUCAACGGUCAAACGCAAACUCAUGCAAGAGUAAGGAGGACAUUCAAUGCUUCCCUGAGUCAACACAAACUCAGACAGGACUCUUAAGAGCAAAGGCAACAAAGGCAGUGUACUGGCCUUUGAUUGGGAAGAAAUCGCAAAUCCUUAGGACUUGUGUUUAUCUCUGGUUGUUGUCCUUUGCGGAAUAAAAACACAUAAUAUUUUAUGUCUGUCAAUCAAUCAAUCAAAUGUAUUUAUAAAGCCUUUUUACAUCAGCAGUUGUCACAAAAUUCUUAUACAGAAACCCAGCCUAAAACCCCAAAGAGCAAGAAAUGUAGUUGCCUGGAAACCUGACGUUCAAUUGCAUUGAAUUCUACAUCGGGCAAAAAUUUGCAUUUGAAUCAGGAAAGUUACUUCUCAUGACCUCUACAAGCCAGAAUGUUGAAUAAUAUAAUAUUUUAAUGUACUUUACCGGUUGUCCGUGCGGUAGGAAUGAGGAAAGUAUAAUUACAUUAACUUUUCAAAGCGCUUGUAGUGCGUUCAGAUUUCUAUCACCUGACGCAUGUUCACAAGAUAAAAAUACAUGCACGAGACGCAGCAAAAUGAAGGCGGUUAUUUCACAACACAUUAAAUGUGCCUUCACAUUGUGUGCCACUACUCUUCUACCAUAUAGGCUACCUACCUGGGCUAGCUGUGAUGACAGGUAGCCUAGUGGUUAGAGCGUUGGACUAGUAAACAAAAGGUUGACACAUCAAAUCCCUGAGUUGACAAGGUAAACAUCUGUCGUUCUGCCCCUGAACAAGGCAGUUAACCCACUGUUCCUAGGCUGUCAUUGAAAAUAAGAAUUUGUUCUUAACUUACUUGCCUAGUUAAAUAAAGUUAAAAUAUAUAUCUACAACACAAAAAAAUCAAGUUUGUAUGUGUAUCUCCUCACUGUUCCAUAAGAUUCAUUUUGAUCAGUUAUUUAAAUCAGAUUUUACUGCUUGCAUGAGUUAAUUGAUGUGGAAUAUAGUUCCGUGGCUCCAUGUAUUACUGUGCACCUCCCAUAGUCUGUUCUGGACUUGGGGACUGUGAAGAGACCUCUGGUGGCAUUGUAGUUUUCCUAAGUCCCUCUGU